UUCGCUCCGGUUUUACGCCUCCAAGCCACCUAUCCGGAUAUCCAAGCCCGGCUUACAAAAGCGGAGAGAAGACUGGAUCGAUGUGAUUCGUUGUGCCAACUUGCUGGCCAAUACGAAUUUCCUGUUGCUGCCGGGAUAGCGACCGCCAACCAAUUGGGUUGGAUCGUGUCCGGCUACUUACCCUCUUUGGAUGGACGGUAUGCAUCCCCCUAUUUCUGGCAAACCGCUCGAGACAAUGUCUGA